AUGUACGAAGGGAUUGACAACCUGAAAUCCCUUUACGACCGUGCCGGGAAGACUUUCUCCGGCGGUCCUUCUGCGGCACAGGAUGUGCCGCGUCGUACUGCUCAACCAGACCCAGUACGUCGAUCAUCAGUUGGGAGCGGGGCUCCCAAGAAUCCCAGGACGGGGGAUAGCCGCGCCACCGGACGAGAUAACUCGUCCGACGUCCGUUCACGUCGCGGUGGUUCAACAGCCGCUCUACCAGAUAGCGCUGGCCACCGCGAGAGUCCUCUAAUGGGGGUGGAGGAGGAGGAAAGACGCUCUCCACACGAUCAUGGGGAUCCAUGUGUUCCCGAGAGCCUCUUUGAUUGCGUAACGCAAGGGUUACGCGACGAUCUCGAACAUAAGCGGGACAGGCGUCUCCAAAUGGCGGACACUGCCUCGAAGCAUCGAGCUGAGUUUGCCUUUGCUCAGCUUGAGAACGAGAGAUCUCUGACAUCUCUUCGUGACGAGCUAAGGGUACCUCGUGGGAUUGUUGAUCGGUCUCGGGAUGAGAUAGCUGCUCUUCAGACCCUUGUUGAUGCCCACCAUCGGGAGCACAAGGCUCUCUGCGAGAUGCUUGAGCGCAAGGGCGUUCUUCAUCGGAAGAAGCAGCGUACUGAUGGUACGGCUUAA